GCCACGCUAGGCACGGGCGGCGCCGCUCUCGCGAGAUUUGGCGGGGUGUAUGUGCGGGCCGCGAGCGGAAGUGGGUCCCUUUCCUGCAGUGGCGCGGCUCGGCGAGGAUGAAGCUGAACAUCUCUUUCCCGGCCACUGGCUGCCAGAAACUCAUUGAAGUGGAUGACGAGCGCAAGCUGAGAACAUUCUAUGAGAAACGGAUGGCCACGGAGGUUGCAGCUGAUUCUCUUGGUGAGGAGUGGAAGGGCUAUGUUGUCCGCAUCAGUGGUGGCAAUGACAAACAAGGCUUCCCCAUGAAACAAGGUGUCCUGACUCAUGGACGUGUCCGCCUUCUGCUCAGCAAGGGCCACUCCUGCUACCGCCCCAGAAGAACUGGAGAGAGAAAACGCAAAUCUGUUCGUGGUUGCAUCGUUGAUGCCAACUUGAGUGUUCUGAACUUGGUCAUAGUGAAAAAGGGUGAAAAGGAUAUUCCUGGGCUGACAGACACAACUGUGCCUCGUCGUCUUGGUCCCAAGAGGGCUAGCAGAAUCCGCAAACUGUUCAACUUGUCUAAGGAGGAUGAUGUUCGCCAGUAUGUUGUGAGGAAGCCUCUGAACAAAGAGGGCAAGAAACCCCGAACCAAGGCCCCUAAGAUCCAGCGACUAGUGACUCCUCGAGUUCUGCAACAUAAGCGCAGACGUAUUGCUCUGAAGAAGCAGCGCACUCAAAAGAAUAAGGAGGAAGCAGCAGAAUAUGCAAAGCUCUUGGCCAAGAGAAUGAAGGAAGCCAAGGAGAAACGCCAGGAGCAGAUUGCAAAGAGACGCCGGCUUUCUUCAUUGAGAGCUUCUACAUCCAAGUCCGAGUCCAGUCAGAAGUAGAGAUGCACAUGAAGCUAAAAAUAAACCCUUUUUGUGGUUAACUUUCA